UGUGCCGUUUGGUGUGCUUUUCAUACACUGAACUGUCAGGGCAGCAAUUUUCGGUUGUUUGUGAGUUUGUUUUUUUCCCCUGAAAAACAUCUGCUGUUUGUUGUUCGGCAUCGAAAUUUCUGUUAUUUGGCAAUCUUUCGAUAUCAUUCUGUUCGCCGCCCAGUCCACGAUGAAGCGUCACAAUGCCAAGGCCAUAGCUGCAGCGGCGGCCGCCGCCGGCGUGCCGUCCCAUGUGGAAAGGAAACUGUCGGGCCUGCAGUCGGUGCCCUCCGAUGUGAGUGUGAAGGGUCCUGUCCUCUAUGUGGAUGUGGUGAAGAAUAUGCCCAAGGAGGAGCCUGCACCAGUGGAGCCACCACACCAACUCUCACCACCCGAAUUCAGCAUUUUCCGAGAGGAUUUUCCGGCCCUGCCAGGAGGAAGGCCCGCGUCGGUGAGCUCGGUGCCUGACGACUGGACGAGUAUGAUCAGUGACGACGAAGAGAUCAUAAUAACCAUUCCGAAAUCUCUGCACAUUUCCUCGUCCCCCACGGACGAGACCACGGAAGACGAUUUGGUGGCAGAUGAACCGAAGUCCGUGUACAGCCUACUCUCUGCAGCAGAGGAAUUGUCCUUGUCCAGCGAUCAAGAUGAUGACCAUGUGUUCGAGUGCGACGCUGCCUCACCCAAGACAACUUUCACGGAGAGUGACUCCAGCGCCAGCGGUUCUUCCUUUGAGGUCAAUGGCCAGAAUGCCGACUACGUCCCCGAAGCCGCCAGCUACGUCCACGAACAACCAGCGGCGGAAAUACUUUGUGAAGUCAGUCUCAUAUUUUCCAAGCAGUUUAUCCAGGAGGGUGUGCGACAACGCUCAGUGAAUGGCUCCAUUGGCAACCUGGAUUCAGAUUCCCCGCCCGCGAGAUGUUCAGACCCGCCUGGAUUCGAGAAAACAACGAUCCACGCCUCCCACAAGACACACUACGCGGAAUUAGCCAUGGGCGGCAGAAAUUCGAAGUCUCCUGGAUCCAAUGUAGACUCCCAAGGAGCCUUCGGCCUGCUAGGACUGGCGAGCAGGCUGGGAGUAGCCCAAGAUUCCGACCUUGUGCCCAUGGUCUAUGGUGAAGACGAUCUUAUGAGCAUGGAGACCGACUAUAGGGCCGACAUCUUUCGAAACCUUCAUUCACCCUUUGCUGGGCCAUUCCGGGGUCUUCGCUAUGGCCUCAGUGACAUUAACUUCAAUGAGCCCAUCGACCGGCGAAUGGCCAGCAGACUCGGCUUGCUGCAGCCCAAAAUAACGCAGAUGGAGGCCGAGCUCCUAUUUUACUUCUUUUACAACUGCCCCGGGGACAUGAUGCAGAUGCUGGCCGCCGCCGAGUUGGCCGAGCGGAAUUGGCGCUUCCACAUGGAAGAGUGCCUCUGGCUCCGGCGACAAUCUGAUAAUCCAAACUACGCUUAUCUCGGCUUCCAGGAGUCCGGCGAGUACAACUACUUCAACAAGUUGCAGUGGAAGAUUCUGCCCCGAUACUUUAACCUCGAUCCGGAGCAGAUCGAGCGGACGCUCUCCAAGGAAGAGUUGUUUACAAAAUACGGCUACCAUCCGCAGAUGUAGAGCAGGCAGACGCAGAGGCAGAGGCAGAGUGCCUUCUCACAGCUAACACUUUCAAUCUGCCAUGGAUGGGUAACCCAUAGAAACUAUUACUCAGCAGGCAGAUGGAUGGCAGGCGAAUCGGCAUGCAGUACCUGAGUGGCAUGCCUGUGGACUGUUUCAACUGCAUGGCAAAAAACUUGUCUCGAACACUUUGUUUUUAAUAAAUGUGUAAACGUAGAAUUU